UUCUAACUUUCACCACCUUCACCUAAACAAUUCUUAAGGAACCUCUCUUCUUCUUUCUGUGAUUCGUAGCCAGGUGGUGGUAUCUACCUUAAUUCUCUACUCCUACUUAAUCCAGAAAUACCACUAUCAUAAUGCAGCGUGCUCUUUCCUCCCGAGCGCGGGCUUCGGUCCUAUCUUCGGCUGCUGCAAAGAAAUACCGGACUGCGGGACUCUCUCAACAGGUUCGAUUUGCGCACAAGGAAUUGAAGUUUGGUGUCGAAGGCCGGGCUGCUCUGCUCGCUGGUGUUGAGACUCUCGCUAAAGCCGUUGCCACCACACUUGGUCCCAAAGGCCGAAAUGUCUUAAUUGAGUCAAGCUACGGCUCUCCCAAGAUCACAAAGGAUGGUGUUACCGUUGCAAAAGCUAUUAGCUUACAAGACAAGUUCGAAAACCUCGGCGCAAAGUUACUACAAGACGUCGCAUCGAAGACGAACGAAUCUGCCGGUGACGGAACUACAAGUGCCACAGUACUAGCCAGGGCUAUCUUCUCCGAAACCGUCAAGAAUGUCGCUGCCGGUUGCAACCCCAUGGAUCUGCGACGUGGUACUCAAGCGGCUGUCGAUGCUGUCGUCGAGUACCUCCAGAAGAACAAGCGGGAUAUUACGACCAGCGAAGAAGUCGCUCAGGUCGCCACCAUCAGCGCUAACGGAGAUACCCACAUUGGCAAGUUGAUUGCUAAUGCUAUGGAGAAGGUCGGCAAGGAGGGUGUUAUCACCGUCAAGGAGGGAAAGACGAUGAACGAUGAACUCGAGGUCACAGAGGGUAUGCGAUUUGACCGUGGCUACGUCUCUCCCUACUUCAUCACAGACGCCAAGGCGCAAAAGGUUGAGUUCGAAAAGCCCCUCAUCCUCCUCUCCGAGAAGAAGAUCUCUGCUGUCCAAGAUAUUAUCCCUGCUCUUGAGGCUUCCACUCAAUUGCGACGACCUCUUGUUAUCAUUGCCGAGGAUAUUGACGGAGAAGCCCUAGCUGUCUGUAUCCUGAACAAGCUCCGUGGCCAGCUCCAGGUUGCUGCUGUCAAGGCUCCCGGCUUCGGUGACAACCGAAAGUCAGUCCUCGGCGAUAUUGCCGUUCUCACCAAUGGUACCGUCUUCACUGAUGAGCUCGACAUCAAGCUGGAGAAGGCUACUCCCGAUAUGCUUGGUUCCACCGGUUCCAUCACAAUCACUAAGGAGGAUACUAUCAUCCUUAACGGUGAGGGUACUAAAGACGCUAUUGCCCAGCGAUGCGAGCAGAUCCGUGGCGUUAUGGCCGACCCCUCCACUUCUGAGUACGAGAAGGAGAAGCUGCAGGAGCGUCUUGCUAAGCUCUCCGGUGGUGUUGCCGUUAUCAAGGUCGGUGGUUCUUCCGAGGUUGAGGUCGGUGAGAAGAAGGAUCGCUUUGUCGAUGCCUUGAACGCUACCCGUGCCGCUGUCGAAGAAGGUAUUCUACCUGGUGGUGGCACUGCCCUCCUCAAGGCUGCCAGCAACGCUCUGAAGGAUGUCAAGUCUAGUAACUUCGAUCAGCAACUCGGUGUCAGCAUUGUCAAGAACGCCAUCACACGACCGGCUAGAACGAUUGUUGAGAACGCGGGCUUAGAAGGUUCCGUAGUUGUUGGUAAGCUCAUGGAUGAGUUUGGCAGCGACUUCAACAAGGGAUUCGACAGCGCCAAGGGAGAGUACGUCGACAUGAUCCACGCUGGUAUCCUCGACCCUCUCAAGGUUGUCCGAACUGGUCUAAUCGACGCUAGCGGUGUCGCUUCGCUACUAGGCACCACCGAGGUUGCCAUCGUUGAGGCUGCCGAAGAGAAGCCUGCUGGUGGUAUGGGAGGAGGCAUGGGCGGAAUGGGCGGAAUGGGUGGUAUGGGAGGAAUGAUGUAAGACGUCUAUGAUUGAAUGUCCUCCUUCUCUUGUCAUGUAUCAAAAAAAUUUGGGUUCGGGAGCAUUGACCUCGGUGUUAUGCGGACGGAUUACAUGAUGGCUCUCAUAUCUUUUUUAUCUCUCCCCUCUACCUACCUACCUUCUACCCUCUUCCCAUACUUUGUUCAUACCUCUUGAUAUCCCGAGCGGCGUUGUAAAAAAAAGAGUUGUAUACUAGAACUACGAGUCACGAAAUUACCUACCUCCCGGUGGAUGAUCAUAAUCGAUAUGAUUGAUAACACGGUUGCCUCCCCUUUUUUUCAUUGGUGCCUAACAAGGCAUCAAGUUCCAAGAUUGUGUGUUUAUUUUGUUUAUAUUACCAUAGUAAGUUCUGCCUGGUUUCUAAGGUGA